UAGCCGACGCCGACGUCGACGUCGGUCUUUGCCUAGCCUGAUUUAUUUUUUCUAGUGCAUUUUUUUAAUUUUAAUCCGUACAGUAAAGUAAUUUCAUAAUUAAAAAUACCAUGGUUGGUGGUUUGGAUCUUUUUUUUAUGAUGCGUACAUGGUGAAUGGUGAUUGAAAAAGUUAUCUUAUUUGCCAAGCUAGGGAUCGCUUGAUGUUUUUUUUUAGUGUAAAUACUGUUCAUUGUGUCCAUGGUAUAGCCUGCAAUCCAAUAAAGAAGCCUGCGACUCAGUUUAGCGAAGUCUACUAAACUUGUACUAAGUCAAGUCAAUGAUAUAGGUUAUGCUUCUAACCUAGACCUACUGUCCAACUACUUGUCAACUCCUUUAGUUUUAUGACUUAAGUUAUUGAUUUGUUCAAUUGGACCUAAAAGUGACAUGGCGCCUAGACGAAGGGGUGCCCUUCAUAAUGCGCUUGAGUUAUGUGAUAAAACCCGGCUUGUUAAAGUAAUAUCAAACACUUCAUUGGAUAAAGAAGAGGCCCUACAAGUUCUAGACGUUAUAAAGAAAAGUAAAGAAGUUUAUAAGGAAAGCAUGACACCUUUACAAGCAGCUGUUUCCCUUGGACACUAUGAUAUUUGUCAGCAUUUAGUGGAAGAGGAUGCCAUUUUAAUAUCUACCUCAACCAUCCCUGAUCCGUUAUGUCUGGCAUUGAUAAAAGGAGAUUAUGAAAUUGCAAAUUACCUUAUAGAAUCGGGGGUGGGUGAUAUAGAAUUGCCCUUCAAAAAUGAACUGCCAUUAGGUUUUGCACUAGACAAUGAAGAUUGUCCUAUGGACAUAGUAAAAGACUUUAUUGAUGCUGGUUUUCCUGUUGAUGAUAGGGUUUAUUUAGAUACAGGUAGAUCUGCCUUACAUGCUGCUGUAAAUAAUAAUCAUAUUAAUAUUGUUAGGUAUUUACUCUCGUUAGAAAUUGAUACAAACGUAGUUGAUAACAGAGGGUUUACCCCCCUACAUUAUGCAGUACAAAACAACUAUCCACUCAUCGUCAAGUUAUUAAUACGAAAUGGAGCAAAGGUAGACUGCGAAUGUGAGGAAAAAUUCACACCGAUGUUUUAUGCGAUUUCCGCUGGUGAUUUUGAAAUGGUAAAGCUCCUCCUUGGUUUUGGAGCCAACAUUCAUCAUAUUAGCGGAAAUGAACGAUGCCCUAUGACGCCUUUACAUUAUGCAGCAAAUUUUUGCAAGCUUAAGAUAACACAACUAUUACUAGAAAGAAAGGCCAACGUUAAUAGUGUCGUUCCUGUUACUGGGGAGAUUCCACUACAUUCAGCAUCUCGGGCAGAAAUUGUUAACAGUCCACAGAAUCCACAGAAUAAAGUUGCUUUGGAUUGCAUUGUUGAAUUACUGAUAAAUGAAGGUGCAAAUCUUGAAGCCAAACAGAAGUUUGGCUUGACACCAUUACAAUUGGCUUUGAAAUACAAAAAUAUAAGCGUUGCAAAAAUACUCAUAACAUCUGGUUCUGACAUAAACAGUAGAGUUUACAUUGAUAAUGAUUACUAUGGCACAACCUUCCACGUUGUAGCAGAAACAUUUGAUAAGGACCUGAUAAAAUUAUGCUUAGAACAUGGAGCUGAUUAUAUGGCCAAGGAUAAUGAAGGAGCCAACCCCUGUCAUAGGGCUUUGACAUACCUCAUGCUUAAUAACAGUGAAGUCGACCCUCUCCUUGCAAGACACCAACCAGGUGAACAAACAGAUGUGGCACUUAUGAAACUGUUUUGGAAGUAUAGCUAUCCUUUUGAUCUUACUCUAGAAAUUGAAUGGCUGAAACCAGGUAUGCCAGGGUUCCCGAACAAAGUAGCAAGUGCUGUCCAAAAGCAAAAAAUGUUACUAAAUGGUAUUAAAGCCCAAAAUCACAAAAUGGUAUUGAAAGCAUUCUCACAAGGUGCAGAAGCACAAUUCUUUUCUAAAGAGCAACGUAAUCCUGUGCAUUUUAUCGCAUCUAAAGGCAAUGAAGCAAUCCUCAAAGAGUUUUUGACAAGAGGAGUUCCUGUUAAUUCACUUAACAGGAAUGGAGAAACACCUCUCCAUCAAGCAGCUAAGGCGGGCCAUGUGAAUUGUUGUCGCCUACUCUUGGAAUAUGGAGCUGUGUACAAUUACAUUUCCACUAAGUCAAACAGAACGCCUUGUCAAAUGGCAGCUCAAAACAACCAUGGGGAAGUAGAAGGACUUUUGUUAACCAUUGACAAACAUUUUAAAGAUAUGAAAAAGGGAUAUCUUAAAGUUAGACAAGAUAUGAAGAUUUUUCCAUUGCUUACAAACUGUGUCCAUCGAGAUGGGAAGACUCUUCUGGGCAGGGCUCUGGAUGGCGAUUUUAUAGAAGCCGCCUUUAAAAUUAUGAGAAUGCGGUUCCAAAAUGUGAAGUUGGAGUAAACACAAAUGGACUGCAAUCAGUAGUGUUUCUCUGUAAUGGAAUACUAUCCGUUUUACCUAUGCUUCAUGACGGGAGAGAAUUAUAUGGUUUGAUAUUGUCACAUUAUAUUGGUAUUACCAUAGAUAAAACAUACUCCCUUAGUAGAUUUCCCAUCCUUAUUAAAAAGCUGAAGCCAAUGUUAUUGUUAGUUCGGUGUACUGUAGAUGUCAUGUUUUGUUUACAAUUUGUUUAUAUUAUUUUAGGGUUAGUUUUUUCAUGAUUUGUGCCUUACUGUUUGGUUAUAUAGCUAGUGGACAAGUUAUUGUUUAUGAUUAGAUAGUUUUAUUUGGUUAAAUGAGAUUUUAAAUUACUGAAAUAGCAAAAAACUAAUUGUAAAUAAAACACGACUCUACAGUACAUCGGAGAGAACUGACAGUAAAAUUGGCUUCAGCUGUUCCUUAAGGAUGGGAAAUCUACUAAGGGAGUAUGUUUUAUCUAUGGUAUCCUUGUAUAUAAUACGUGAAGGCGAUUUCUACGAAACACUACUCCUCCGUUAAUAGUGGACGGAUUUUUACAAAAGAUGUCUCAAAAUUAAGUAUUUUUUGUGUAGACACCCCUUUAAUCAAUUCCUGUAAUAAAAGUUGUCGGGUUUGAUCCACAGGCCAUCAAAAUUCCAAUGUAUUUCUUAUGAAGGAAAGAUUUUGUUUACUUAAACAGAAUAAUUUGUAUUAAUUGCAUACCGGUACUAAAACAGCUGUUCAUAGUAAACACAUGAUACACACAAGAGCGUUCGUUUUCAGAGUGAGUUUGUUAACAGUUUUGAUAACUGGAGUGGAGUGAUUGAUUACAUCUUUGAGUUGACUCUUUUUAAGUAAUCGGAAAUUAUGACUGUUAAUUCGUUUUGGAAUAACGCCUUUAAUACGUUGCAAUUGCUUGAAUUGAAGCAACAGGUGCGCUAGUUACUCAAAUUUUUCGAUUUUAGUUAGCCUUCUUUACCUGUAGCCCAAUACUGUACAUAAAUUUCAUAGUAAGCAUUUUUUUCUCUAAUAAUACAUUUGCAUUAUUAUUAGGGAUUUAAAAAUACCCAGUUAAUUAUAUCUGCAUCUGUGUAUAUAACCGGGUAUUAUGAUUAUUUAGCUACAUGCUAUACACAAGUUUUAAUUCAAUAUUUCCCCCGUAUGUAAAAUUGGAAUCCACACAAGAAUGUUAAUUUUAUUGUACAAAAUAAAAAUUUUAUUGUAAUUUGUAAUUUUAUUGUGUUUUUUAUUGUAAUUUUAUUUUUUGUUUUUGUUGUGUGUUUUAUUGUAGCAUUUUAUUGGAUUAACGAAGUAGACAUGCUAUUUUUAUGGAUCAGCAGCUGUCGCCAGUUUUUUUAUUGAAAAAGGAAAUAGUUGUGCAAGUCACAGGAUGAGCUAGUGUCUAAAAUUCUAUCUUAUACCUUAUAUUUUUUCUGACAUAGUUGAUGGAUCAUGAUAUUGCUAUAGCUCACAAUAAGUCAUUCCACAAAUAUUGACUUGGUAAAAAAGAUUCAACAGAAAUCAGUAAUUUGGAUCAGCGAAAUCUGACUCACAUAAACUACGAUGAUUUAGAUUUAAAAACUGGUGACAACUUUAACACGGGGAUGGAAUAUCUAGUUGCAGUGCUCAAUUUGUAAAAAAUGAGGUGUCGGAACUAUAACCUAUUUGAUGAGAUUUGUACCUAUUUAUGUAAAUAUUUUUAUCUUCCUGAAAGAGAGGUACCGGAACUCUGUUGUCUAGUUGUAUUAAUAGUCAAAGACAGUAGCCCUAAAAAAUUAUGAGAAAAUAACAUAAAUACAGGGUGUAUACAAACUCUCUUGAAUGCUUUUGUAUAUUUGUUCCUUAGGUCAAAACAAUGAAAAAACAACACACAAAUAUGGGUCUGAAAUGCCUGGUUUUAUGCAUGUCUGUUUUUUCAUUGUUUUGACCUAAGGAACAAAUAUACAAAAGCGUUCCAGAGAGUUUGUAUAUACCCUGUAUAAUGCAAGUUAUAUGUAAAUUUAUUUGUCCUAUAGUUACCUGACAGCCAACGAAUUAAACUAUGCAGUACGUAGUAUAGUUCGUUAGACAAAGUCCCCAAAUCUUCAAGGAAGGAUUAAAAUAUCUUCCUUGCACUGAUUAUAGUAGCUCGCAAAAUAACUAAUUAAUUGCUGCAUUCACUUACUUUUGCCACACUCCAGUAUUCCAACCAAACAACACAAAACAGUGUGCUUUUAUUAUGCAUGUAAUACGUGUAUACCUAAAAAUAAGUAACACUUAGAAAUACUACAACUACGAGCAGCUGGUUCAGCGUUUCCUAGGCUUUGACUAUUGAUACAUACUAUGAUUUAAUAACUAACCUGUUGUUUCAAGUUAACAUUCUAUUUUCGCUCAACGCUUAGAUUUAACCUAACCUAAAACGUCUUAUUUUGUGUUUGAAAGACUAUGUUUUUAUAUGCUUUAUAGUAACUGUAGGACAAAUAUAAUGUGUAACGUGAGCGUUGUGUAACUAGUGCGCAAAGAUGCACUUUGCGCACUAGUUACACAAAUAACUAAUCAAAUUUUGUUACUUUAUCUACCAAUACCCAGAUUCCUUAGUCAUAGACUAGCAGAUCUGUUUCCAUGUAGGUUGAGGUUGAUGUGUAAUUAUAGGGUGAAAGUUUAUUUUUACCCAUUAUUUUAUAUUUUUAUCUUUUUUUAGGUUAUAAUUUAGCCCAUUGGUACUACUGUAUUGGGUAUAUCCAAUUUAUUGUGUAAAAAAAAACUAGUAAUUUUUUAUGUCAAAGGUAAUAAAUGUUGUUUAAAUAUAUGGUGUGUAGACAUUUAAGAAAUUAUUAGGAUUGAAAAAAUAGCCAAAGUAUCUUGGUUACUUUUGAAACUAUGAGAUGACCACACUCUUUUAAAAGAUUAAGAAGGUUAUCCUCUCCAGAACCAGGAAUUAUUAAAAUAAUAUUAAAAUCAUGUCAAGUACCUUGUUGUUCAUCAGUGGAGUUUAUGGUUCAAAUCUAGAGAAUGUUUUUUUUUUAAUUUGCCUUCUAAUUGAAUAAAGUCCUUGUUAAUUCUGUGAGUAUUUUAAUCUGAAAAACCACUUGUGUAAAAAAUGUUCACAACUUGAAACAAGUAUAAAUUGUUAAAAGUUUAUAGCAAGAAUUGACUUGCAUUAUUGUUAAAGCUAAAAGAAGCUGUAGCUUAUAUUAUGCUAGUAAUGUAUGAGGCCACUAGCCAUUUCAUCUUGAGAAGUAGGCGAACUACAGUAGACUCUCGCUCAUCCGGAUCAGCCUUGUCCAGACUCCCGCUAAUCCGGACCGGCAGUAGUGAUUUUUUUUAGUGGCACAGUACAGUAGAAGUCUGAUUAACCGAGGCUACCUCGGAUGUUCAAAAACUCAGAUAACACGGCGGUGAAAAAUUAUUACUGGUGGAACUGCAUUUGCCCGGCUAUCAAUACUGUGGACCUGGAACAAAAUUGUAAAAACGGCUGUAAACGGUACUGUUUUGCUCGACUCUCGAUAGUCCAGAUUUUUCGUAAUCCGGACCGGACGUUUACCACAUUAGUCCGGAUGAGCGAGACUCUACUGUAUGGUGGCUAUUGCACUACACUCAAAAAAUAUUUCUCUAUCUCCAAGUGUUUCUGUUAUUUAUUUUUUUUUUUACUUAUAUUAAUCACUUUUAUAAUACCGUACUGUUCAACUAAAUUCUAUGUUCAUUUUAUUUAGUUAGGUAAUAAAGUGUUUGGUAUAAUUUUUGUA